ACAUCCAAAAAUACUGUCGCUGACCUGUCUGUAGACUCUCAGGGGUCUGUCAAAACAGAACCAACAUAUACUGCAACCAGCCAAAACCUGGGAAAACCACCGGGGUCAAUGGAAAGGAGGAAUACUGAGACAGUUCAGUCCAGGGUGCAGAACAUUCGAGUCAAACCACCAAGCAUAUUUGUUUCUUCUGGACGUGUCCUCAACCAAAAGUCUUUGAGCCAACAAGCACAAAUCUCUAAUCCGUCCCAGUAUGCCACUGUCCCAACAGCUGUGAGCCCUAAUGGGAACUGCUGGACAGCCAAACAGCUUCCUGAACACAGGGGUUCAAACGUAAGAUCAGACCAUGUUCCUGAAAGACCAGGUUCCUCUACACUAAAGCAGGAACAUGGUAUUCACAUUGACAGAGUAAGAUCAGAUCAAACUUCAGUGAUCCGCCUCACUGGUCUGUCCCCAAACCAGGUCCAAUCAACAGCUGAGACAGAAAACAUUGGACAGGAAUCUGCUUCUACUCAGAGACUCCUUCAACCAACAGGAGAGUCUCACAUUCGAGUCAGACUGGUUCCUGGUCUGCAAGGAAGACGGCAAACUACUGACAAACUCAAACUGCAGAAUCCCACCAGAGGAACCAGCAGCUUCACACCAAAGAGCAUCCUAAACUCUCCUGUCAACGUCAGAGAACUGACCAAUCCCCACAGCGAGGGGGGAGCUGGGUUUACUGGUUCCCACACAGGUCCUAAUGGUUUCAGUUCAGACCUGAACAUUGACACAUCUGACUGUGGUGGCCAGUAUGGAGCCAGUGUCCACCAAGGCAUUGUGAGAGGUAAACCGUUCAGCUGAUGAAGAAAUUCUAGAAGCAAACAGUCUGCAGAGUCUG